AGUGUACAAUUAAUUCAAUUAAGCAUCAAAUCUUUCGGAAACGAAAGCAAGAAUGAUAAUGGAUUCUUUCAAAUUAUUGGAAUUCAAUCGGAAGAUUUUCAACCUAUUAGUCCCAUAAAUUGCCAGCCAUUCGUAUGGGACACGGAAACUGAUGAAGCCCACCAAAUGCCCGAAGUUGAAAAAUGGGGCGGUACCGAUAUUUCCAUUGGAGCAAGUGAUAACGACUGUGUUUGGAUUGAAACUAAGAAAAAGAAGGAGGAUUUUAAAGAGGGUCAAGCUAUCGGAGAAUUAUUCAUAGUUGAUAAGAAAUCUGCUACAAAUUCUAUGUCUGUCUUAACUGAUUGCAAUGACAAUUGGACCAUUUACUUUUUUAUGCAGACAAAGAACCACCAAUAUUUAGCAUCAUCUAAAAUUAAUGAUCGCGGUAUUACUUUGGCAAUAAUUAGAGAGUUUGCACUUGAUGAAGGGAAAUUUAUUCAUAGUGAAAUGGGAAAACUUGUUACAUAUCAAGUAAAUUUACCCGAACCACUUAAAAAGAAAUCAAGAUUUCUUGAACCUAUACCCGAAGAGGUUGAUGACAGGAUGGCAGACCUAAUCGAUGCUAUGACCGAAAAAGAAUUAUUUAACAUGUCAAUGCGCAGAAGAUUAAAUAUAGGAAAAAGUAUUGUUAGGAUAGAAGAACAACCAGUUGAUUAG